CGGUCACGAGCAUUAAUAUUUUCAGUCUUCGUCAUGUUUGCAAGUGAGCCGGUGAUAAAAAGUAGCAAUACCUUGUUAAAUACUAGACUUUUGUUAUUCACUGUAUCAUGGGUAAAUUUGAUUAUAAAUGCAAUAAAUAUGUUACCAAGAGACUUGUCAAUAGAUGACGACCCUAACGUAAAAAUAUUUGAACAACUUAAGUGGAGAUUUAUCACCACCUGGUUCAAUCUAAUAAACCUCGCGUAUUAUCCUCUGUGCUUGUACUGUGAUUGGAAAGAGAAGAGAGGAGAAGAUAAUGAGAGGAAUGUCUCCAAGUUGCGGAGAAUUCGAGACGUGCUCUUUACUAGCAUUAUGUUCCCUACGAUUAUGUGGGCAGAUUAUACAUUCUGGAGGCUAUACAACAGGGAUAGGACACUGAUAACCCCAGAUGGUGUGUUCAAGUAUUUGUCUUCCUGGGAGCAACACUCACUCCACACGUUGUCCAUGGUCACUUUGGUAUUUGACUUGGUCCUAGUGCCCAGGAGAAGACCUGAAAGUUUGAAGCGAAGACUGGUGUUGAUGACGGCGUUUUUCGUAAUUUAUUGUUCUGCGAUUUUGGAACGAUAUCUUCAAGGAGAGCUGGUCUACGUGGUACUUGGUAGUCUUGCGACGGCAGAAAUACUCCUGUUGGUAGUCAUGUUUUACUUAGAGUAUUUAUUCUUCUUUACUUCUAUGUGGUUGGCGAUAGACUGUAUUCAUGGAAGAAACACUAAGAAUAUACAUCAGGGUAAAGAUAAAUAAGUUAUUGCAAAAUAUUAAGUAUUUCAAAUAAGGAAAAUAUUCAUAUAUUUUAUUUCAUUGUAAAUAUUAAUAUAACAAUACGUCACAAAAACAAACUUAAAAACUAGUCAUUAAAUAACCCGCCACUCACUGUUCCCGGAGCAAAGGUGCCCACAACACUAGCCGCAUUACCGCCUUUGGACCAGGAACGAGCCGGAGCGGGAGUCACCUGUUUUCUCCCUGAGCCUGAGACCCAAUUCUGACACAAAGAUUUAAAAAUAUAAUUAAAAAUAAGCGUGUAGGUUAUAACACGUAAAACAUAGGAGAUAGAAAAACACCUCCGCCAACCCGGAAGCAGCGCCUACGAAUAAAUAGCCAUACCCCCUCCGGAUGUAUGGGGGGAGGCCUGUGACCGGCAGUAGAACGUAUAUUCACGGCUGUUUUUGUUAUGCACGGAAUAGAAGAAAGAGAAUGAAAACAGCCUAACGCGCAUUUUGUGUGAUAACUGCUGUCGCCGGUUCAACCCUGCUAUCUUUUACUACUCCUUCUCAGAAUAAAUAGCCACUUUACUGGCAAUGUUUAUUUUAUGUGAUAGGCUGCAAUUUUUUCUUGAUAAAUAACUGAUCAUAUUAAGGUUUCAAAAAUUGUGGGAUGGGACAUGAUGGAAACGAUUAUAUUUCUUCAAUCCUUGUUUAUUAAAAACGUUUUAUGAA